GCGAUGGCGGCGGGCGGCCCCUGAGGCGCCGCCAUGUACGCGGGAGCCGCCGCGGGGCCGCCGCGCCGGGACUUCAUCUCCGUCAGCCUCGGCCCGGAGGGGGCGGUCGGGGCUGGCGGCUACAACAACAGCAAGGCCUGGCGGCGGCGCUCCUGCUGGCGGAAAUGGAAGCAGCUGUCCCGACUCCAGCGGAGUGUCAUUCUCUUCCUGUUUGCCUUCUUGGCAGUCUGUGGAGUCAUUUCCUACGCAAGCAUGGGAGAAGCAUGGAAAAGUCUAACAAACAAAUCGUUAGAUGAUCAGAGAACAGAACAAGAAAUUCCUGGAGUAAAGCUGGCAAAUCCAGCUGUUCUGCCAGCACCCCAGAAAGCAGAUGCCAACCGUGGAGACUACCCUGAGCUUUCGCCGCAGAAGCAGCCAAACUCACCUCAUGUUCGUCGUGGUCCUUCCAACCUUCAGAUCAAGGCACCACGGAGGGACACAAGGCUGAAGACCCGACACAGUUCCAUCAGGGCUGUAGAAGAGCCAGUGCAGACUGAUAAAGGGGAUAAAACGGAGAAAUCCAUUAUCAGCUGGAGAGGAGCAGUGAUAGAACCUGACCAAAACACUGAACCUCCAUCCAAUAAAAUAAAGGAACCAGAAAGACCUUCAUCUGUGGAGGCUGAAGACCAGAAGGAACCAGUGCCCAUAAAUGAGCGCCAGAUGGCUGUGAUCGAAGCCUUUCGCCACGCCUGGAGAGGGUACAAGGAUUUUGCCUGGGGCCAUGAUGAGCUGAAGCCUUUGUCCAAGUCCUACAGUGAGUGGUUUGGACUUGGGUUGACCUUAAUUGAUGCCUUGGAUACCAUGUGGAUUUUAGGAUUAAAAGAAGAAUUUGAAGAAGCAAGAAAAUGGGUAGCAAAUGAUUUAGUAUUUGAUAAAAAUGUGGAUGUGAACCUGUUUGAGAGCACCAUCCGUAUCCUGGGCGGCUUGCUGAGCACCUACCACCUCUCUGGAGAUAGCCUUUUCCUGGAAAAAGCUAAAGACAUUGGGAACAGGCUUAUGCCAGCAUUCAAGACCCCCUCAAAGAUACCAUAUUCUGAUGUCAACAUUGGCCGGGGCACUGCACAUCCCCCUCGCUGGACAUCCGAUAGCACCGUGGCAGAGGUGACCAGCAUUCAGCUGGAGUUUAGGGAGCUCUCUCGUCUCACUGGAGAUGACAAAUUCCAGAAAGCUGUAGAUGAGGUGAUGAAGCAUGUUCACACCCUCUCAGGGAAAAACGAUGGACUCGUGCCUAUGUUCAUCAACACCAACAGUGGGCAGUUCACCCACCUGGGGGUCUACACUCUGGGAGCCAGAGCUGACAGCUACUAUGAGUAUCUGCUCAAGCAGUGGAUUCAGGGUGGGAAAAAAGAAAACGACCUGUUGGAAGACUAUAUGAGAGCCAUAGAAGGGGUGAAAAAGCAUCUUCUUCAGAGAUCAGCCCCCAGGAAGCUUACUUUUGUAGGAGAGCUUGCUCAUGGCCAUUUCAGUGCCAAGAUGGAUCACUUGGUUUGCUUCUUGCCGGGUACUUUGGCACUGGGAGCCCACAAUGGACUGGAUGCUGAUCAUAUGAAAUUAGCUGAAGCCCUUAUAGAAACCUGCUACCAGAUGUAUGCUCAAGUAGAGACAGGCCUGAGCCCGGAGAUCGUACAUUUCAACCUCCAUGCGCAGAAGGGCAACAAGGAUGUGGAAAUCAAGCCUGCAGACAGGCACAACUUACUGCGACCAGAAACUGUGGAAAGCCUUUUUUAUAUGUACAGAUUCACUGGUGAUAAGAAAUAUCAAGACUGGGGCUGGAAAAUCUUGCAGAACUUCAAUAAAUACACACGGGUUCCUACAGGUGGUUAUACUUCCAUUAACAACGUCCAGAAUCCCAGUAAUCCAGAGCCACGGGACAAGAUGGAGAGCUUCUUUCUUGGGGAAACACUCAAAUACAUGUUUCUGCUGUUUUCAGACGACAUAGACUUAAUCAACCUUGACAAAUACGUCUUCAACACGGAGGCUCAUCCACUCCCUAUCUGGGUGCCAGCAUAGACUCUGCAACACUGGACCUUUCAGUGGUGGCAUUUUUAUCUCCAAGUCACUUUACUUUUCAGGGUUUGAGGAGAGAUGCUAUAUUGCACCUUUUUUGGCUACAAAUAACGAACAAAACCUCGGGGAAAGCA